AUGGCGUCCCCCAGUGCGACAAGCAUUUUGCAUAGCGGAUAUUUUCACAGCGUUUUACGGUCAUGGCAAAGUUCAGAGACGUCAUUCGACAGCUCAAAUCUCAUUUACCCUUUAUUUAUCACGGAUGAAGCUAAUGCUAUAGAACCGAUUGGUAGUCUACCAGAGCAGUCCAGAUAUGGGGUAGAACGCUUAGAAGAAACGCUGCGACCUCUAGUGAAGAAAGGACUGAAAAGUGUACUGCUAUUUGGUGUGCCUUCAAAACUACCAAAGGAUGAGAGAGGUAGCCAUGCCGACAGCGAUGACACGCCUGUUAUAUUUGCCAUUAAAAAACUACGAAGCCAAUUUCCUGAUUUACUGAUAAUAUGCGAUGUGUGUUUGUGUCCGUACACUAGUCAUGGACAUUGCGGUAUUUUAUAUGAAGAUGGCACAAUUAACAAUACAGCAAGUAUACAGCGACUAGCUGAGGUUUCCUUGGCCUAUGCAAAGGCUGGUUGUCAAGUUAUAGCGCCCUCAGACAUGAUGGAUGGGAGAAUUGCUGCAAUAAAGCAAAUAUUAUUGGCCAAUGACCUUGGUAGUAAGGUUUCUGUUCUGAGCUACAGUGCUAAGUUUGCAUCAAGUUUUUAUGGUCCGUUUAGGGAUGCUGCCAAAUCAGCACCUUCAUUUGGUGAUCGUAGAUGUUAUCAGUUGCCACCUGGCUCCCGUGGACUAGCUAGCAGAGCUGUGGACCGGGAUGUUUCUGAAGGUGCAGAUUUCUUAAUGGUAAAACCAGGCAUGCCUUAUUUGGACAUUGUACGACAAACAAAAGACAAGUACCCAUCAAUACCCCUUGCUAUAUAUCAAGUGUCAGGGGAGUAUGCUAUGCUGUACCAUGGAUGGACAGCUGGUGCCUUGGACUUGAAAAAAGCGGUCAUGGAAUCCAUGAUUAGUAUGAGACGAGCAGGAGCCGAUAUCAUUAUUACGUACUAUACACCAAGAUUACUGGACUGGUUGCAAGAACAAUAGCUGUCAAAAUAAAACAUCAUUUCUCUCUUAAAUUUCUACCAAUCCCACAACAACCAGGAGAAUUUGUUGUGUUAUGGAUAUUCCAUCAAUACUGAUGGUUUAGAGGGUGACACAUUAAUGGAAGAGCAUAGCUUCAUUCACUUACAAUAUUGAUAUUAUUAAUACAAUAUUAUCCUUCUAUAUUAUUAUUAAUAAUUUUAUAAUGGACACUUAUACCACACUCGACUGGUAAUUAACCAACACAACAAAACUAAAAACUAUGGCCCUGUCAAUGUUACCAUCUUCUAUUACACAAAUGAUUUGAAAGUACAUUGUAUCUGUCGAUAUCUGAGCUUAUGGUCGAUAAUGAUUGGACAUCUGUGGUUUAUAUUGGAACACCAAUGCCCCAAGUUUUAUUAAAAUCUGAUGAGUUUAUUGAGAUAUCAGAGGAAAGGACAUGCAUAUAUACAGACAAAUAAAUAUUGGAUCAUUGUUGAA